AUGGGUUGUAGUGGAUCAAUAGGAAAGAAAAAACUUAAAGAUACAUCAUUAACAAGAUCUUCUAGUUCAUUAGUAACAAAUAAUAAAGAUGCUGAUGAAAUAAAACUAGAACUUUCUGAUAGGAUUAUUGAGAAUUUACUAAAUAAAACAAAAUUUACAAAACAAGAAAUAAUUGAUUGGUGGCAUGGAUUUUUAGCUGAUUGUCCAUCAGGUUUAUUAGAUAAACAGAAAUUUAUUGAAGUUUAUCAAUAUCGAUAUCCGACUGGAAAAGCAAAAGGAUUUUGUGAUCAUGUUUUUCGAACAUUUAAUCCGGAUAAAAAGAGUCGUGCUAUUGAUUUUGAAAAAUUUAUGUGUGCCAUUAAUGUAACAUUAAAUGGAACUCCAGAUGAAAAACUUGAAUGGGCAUUUGCACUGUAUGAUAUAAAUGGUGAUCAACGUAUAUCGAAAAGUGAAAUGUCAAAUGUACUUGAAUCAAUGUUUGAUUUAUUAGGAAGAGAUAAAAAAGGUUCAAAUAAUCCACGAAAACAAAUUAAUGAAAUAUUUUCAAGAAUUGAUUCAAAUCAUGAUGAUUAUAUUGCCAAAGAAGAAUUUUUCUCAGGAUGUAAAGCAGACGAACGUAUUCGAACAAUUCUUGCACCAUAUUAA